UACGCACUACCAAGUUGCGCUCCUAAACAUCGCCAACAGUCUUUUGAUCCACAUCAUCAUAAUCAACCCUUGACGAUUAAUACAGCUACUAUAGCGUUAGUUAAAUAUCCCAUGCUAUCCAGAUUUUGUGCCGCCAGCACCCUCAUUCAACGAGGCGUAUUCCUUACAGCCCACGCCUCCUUCCACACCCUUUCUACACGAGCAUCAGUCAACAGGGGAAAGUCAAAAGGCAGAGGAACUCAUGUUGCAAAGUGGCAACUUGCCCUCAUCAUCAUCGCGAGCGUUGUCGGCUUUCUCCUACUCACCCUUCUAUCUGUCGGCAUCAUUCGAUGGCACCGAGCCAAGCGGACAGAGCCAGUGAUCAUUGAGGAGAGCUUGGAGAUGCAAGGCCCUGGGCCAGAUGGGGUCAAGGCCUCGGGGGAAGGGGAAUCUGUUCAGAAGAAUAAGCCAGGGGCGGAAGAUACUAGUGGGAAAUCGAAGGAACCUGAUAUCAGAGACCAUAAUAGAGCCCUCGAUAGGCCCCCUGCGAGAGCCUAUAAUCAGCCGAGGGGGUAUGUUGGAAGAAAGGGAUGAAGGAGCAUUUGGUAUUUAUAGGCGCUUGAAUGCGUUUUGGGUCUCUUUUACGGAAGAACAGCGAGAGCUUCUUAAAUCUAGCGCAUACCCAUCACUA